GGAGAAAACGCCCAUGGUAUCGGUCACCACACAACGCCGGGGAGGGAGGGGGAAAGAGUCAAGAACAGAGCAAGGACGCAAAGGAGCAGGCAAUGUGAUCUUGAAGUCCCACCAUCCCUCACUCGACUGUGUAUAAAGGAGAUCAUAAAUUUCGUGUGAGAUCAACCGAAGAGCAGUAAUAUGCAUCGCAACCUCGAUUAGGCUUCACUUCCGGUUCUUGUUUUGGCACAGCCAGCGAUGGGAGAUUGGAGAAUCCGGUUGUCUCUGUGAGGUUGAAGGCUUACACGGCUUUGAGAAGAACAAUACUGGCACGGUCGAGCAAAUGCCGGUCCCUCUUGCUCCGUAUCCCACACCUCCACCUCCAUUAGCACCACCAAAUGGUGGGCAGAGCCAACUUGUUUGUUCUGGCUGUAGAAAUCUCCUUCUCUAUCCACAAGGGGCGAAAUCAGUAUGCUGUGCUGUUUGCAGAGCAGUGACCACUGUACCUCCUCCUGGAACAGAAAUGGCACAGUUGAUCUGUGGAGGAUGCCACACGCUACUGAUGUAUAUACGAGGAGCAAGCAGCGUUCAGUGUUCUUGCUGUCACACGGUAAAUCUGGCUCUGGAAGCAAAUCAGGUAGCACAUGUGAAUUGUGGGAACUGCCAAAUGCUGCUGAUGUAUCAAUAUGGAGCAAGAUCAGUGAAAUGUGCAGUCUGCAACUUUGUCACUUCCAUUGGGGCUUCUCCAAGCACUGAGCAAAAAGCCUAGCAUUUGAGUACCUUGAAUCACAGAGCUUCUUCCAUCUCUUAUGCAAAGCUGUCUUGUGACACCAAAUGUAUAGAGCUUCUUCUCUAGGCUAAUCCUUCCUUUUGGCAUGUCUAAGGUGUGAAGGUCAUCAUGGAGAGCAUGUCCUCAACUGAGCUUGGAUGGCUAAUAUUUUCUUCUUCUGUCUUGUGUCAACUGUACUUUAUGAUGACAUGAUUUGCAUCUCUGUGUCAAAAUGUUGCAGAUGAUUAUUCAAAGGUUAUUAUUGCAUACCUUAAAGUUGUA